AUGGCUUACUCGCCAGCACCCUCACGGGCCUUCCAGCGUCGUCGAGGCGUCAUCAUCUGUCAGCAAAGCCCGAUGGAGAUGAUGAUGGCUGUCCCCGGGCUGCUGAGGCGUAUGAUGACUUUUGCGUCAAAGGAGACCCUGUGCGCGUGUGUUAGGGUCUCGUGGGACUGGUUUGACGAUGCGGUGGCGGUGUUAUAUAAUCAGAUGGAGGUCAGGGUUGCGCUUGGGAUGGGGUCGAAAUUGCAAUCUCCACGAUUCAUGGAGUACAAUAGUGUCGUUCGGCAAGUCACGCAGACGAUUACGUCUCGGACGGGCGGUGAAGCUGGACCAGUGCUGGAACCUACCAAGGUGAAGGUGUCGCAGGCGGACGCAGGGAAGCAGCUCGAGGGAAAGGAAGAGGACUUUCCCUUCGUCCCUACCGACACCAUCACCAUCGGUGCAGCAGCGGACGCAGCGCCUCUCCUCUUCCCCGCUGUCCAUAGCGUGGUGAGCGACCUCCCGCCCGGUCUGACAUGGGGAGAGGGACCUAUGCGGAAAGGCGGAGACCGGAGUUUCCUCUCCUUUACGUCGGAAUCAGGCCAAUACCCUCAUUCGCUAUACAUCGAGCGGUGCAUCGGGAUAUCCACCAAAGAUCCCAAGGUCGACCCCGAGGUCUUCCAAAUACCCUCCAUCCCCGACUUUGUCACCGAACUAUCCUACACUAUCGUCGCGCACGGCAAAUACAACCCCGGCGAGGCUAGUAUCCCCCUCGACUCUAUCCUCCCCGUCUCCAAAAUCCGGUACCCCGUCAAAUCGUUCCGGUCUACCGGUAUCGACGUCCAUAUACGCACCCUCGGCAAGAUCUUCACAUACCCUAUGCUCGAGACCUGGCCGUUCGAGCCGGGGCUCAGUAUAGACUGUGAUCAGAUUGUCGGGAUGGGGAUCAAGGAGUUUCGGGCAUUGGCGACCUGCCCGGCGCUCCGGCUGAGGGAUAUCAGGACGCUUCGGCUGGAUACGGUAUCAGCGCCCACGUCGGGAGCGUGCCUCCAUCCAGCCGACGUCUACCCUAUACGGGACAUCAUCCUCUCGGAAUUACCCUACCUCGACGACUUGACGCUCAGCUUUGUCGUCGACGAAGACUCGGAAACGGCAUACACGGACACCCUCCUCCCUGAUCUCCCUACCGGUCCCCUCCGCCGCUUGACGGUCAGGUUAUGGUCCAAGUCCCGUCCGGGAUCUAGCAAGUCGGGCAGCCGGCAGCUCUCCUUCCCCUUCAACUUUAUCCGGCGGCUUGCGGCGUGUUUGAUAGAAGGCGGAAGUUUGGUGAUACAAGGCCGGGAUCUACCCAAUCAGAAUCCGGAGAAACCAGGCAUGGACCUUACGGCCGCUAUAAACUGGAUCAGAGGUCGACCCCUCAAUAUCCGGCGAACCAUAUCUACCAUGGACUACUCAUCUCUCGGUAUAAUCACCAGCGCCGAUAUCCCACGUAUCUGCUACGACUAUGGAUCACCCAUGACCCUCCCCCACUCCCUCACCUUCUACUUCACCUCGGACCUCCUGAGCCAGAUCGACCGAUACCUCCGCGAUCCCUCUCUGGCGCCUCGUCCCAACGUCAAAACCCCUACCUCGACACUAACCCUCAUCUCCACGCGGGCGGCGGCGUUCGAACUUAACAAUCACGUGAUGGAGGCGCAUUGGAAAGGGAUGCGCACGGACAAGGAUACACUGGCGACGAGGGCGGCGAAGUUACUGUGGGAGUGCAAGAAUGCGGGGAUGAAUGAUGCGCCGACGUUGAUGACGCAGAAAUACCCGACGUUGUUUGAGGAGCUGAGGAGGGCGGCGCAGACGGCUCAGCAGACGGCGGCGGCGGCGGCGGCGGCGGCGGCUGGGGUGAAUGGAGGGGGUGGUCAAGGGAAGAAUGGGAAGUAG